UUGGUCCCGUUGAUGCUUCUGCUUGGUUGUUGACGCAGUGGUCGUCGCUCAGUUGCUGAUGAGAAACAAACUAAUGUUUUGUCGAUUACGUUGCUGUGCCGUGAUCUGUUUCUGUGGUGGUCAACAGCGGCAAUAGAAGGAAUAUUAGCCUAAACAAGUCGCAAACGAAACACGCUUAUAGCAAAGCAGCGGCUCAGGGAAAAGAACGACUUGUUAUUGCACGGUGCAACGGCUUUUUUCAACGGCAGUCAGAGGUAAUCGGCCACUGUGUUCAACUCCGCCUGCCGUCGCAUUUAGCCCAAAAGUUGCUGGAGCAUUCGGUUGAAGAAAAGGUCGAAGCUCUAUUCGUUGGCGGUUACAAUCAACUUUUGGGUGUUUAACGAGAAUCCGAGGAGACAACAGCACACGGAAGUGUAUCUUAUGAUCAGCGUUCAGUCCGUCAAUACGGAUUUUCUCUCGACGUCGAAGUUGACGUUUUCUUGAGACGGAAGCUGACUGAUUUCGUGCAGCGGCAGAUGUGAGUGGCUAGUAACGAGAACGGCGUUGUCUUCGCUUAUACGUGUGUUUGUCCGUGUAUUUGUGUAACGUGACAAGUGAAAGGAUCAAAGGAAAAAGAGUUAAAUGUGAAGUGUACUUCGCACAAAAUAGACAUACUGAAGACGGCCGGUAAUACGGAACACGCUUAGGAGAGUAACAGUAUCAGCAAGAAGACGAAGUCACACACAUAGGCGCAGGAUGCUGACAAUCACGCUUAAAGUCGGCCAAAAUGUGAAGGCGGCCACAAAGGAGCCAGCGGCCUGUAAGCCAAUCAACGCAGUUCCGGUGAGGGAACUCCAGGAGCUCAAGGAAAUCAAAGCGUCGGCGACUACUGAGCAACGGGCUUUCCUGGAAAAUGAUAAUGAUGCCAACAACGAAGGUGGAAUCGUAGCCGGCGAAUUCAAGGCCCAGAUCGUGUGGCAAAACGUUUUCGUCUUUGUCCUACUUCAUGGAGCCAUGCUAUACGGCAUCUACGUUGCCCUUGUUCAUGCGAUGUGGAGAACCUGGUUUUUCGCCUUCCUGAUUGGUCAGCUUGCCGGCCUCGGAGUUACUGCCGGCGCUCAUCGACUAUGGUCCCAUCGAGCCUACAAAGCACGUCUUCCACUUCGUAUCGUGUUGAUGCUCUUCAACUGUCUUGCAUGCCAGAAUGACCUCUACGAAUGGACUCGUGAUCAUCGCGUCCACCAUAAAUACUCGGAAACAGACGCGGACCCUCAUAACGUAAACCGAGGCUUCUUCUUCGCUCACGUUGGCUGGCUGAUGUGCAAGAAACAUCCAGAAGUGUUUCGUAAAGGAAAGGCCGUCGACUGCUCGGACCUUCUCCAAGAUCCAGUGAUCCGCUUCCAGCGCAGGUGGUAUGUCCCCUUGACUACGUUUAUGUGCUUCUACAUGCCGACUGUUGUACCGUACUACCUAUUCGGUGAAACGUACUGGAACGCUUUCUUUGUCUCCACGAUGACCCGCUACGUGUUUUCGCUCAACUUUACUUGGCUCGUUAACAGUGCAGCUCACCUCUGGGGAAAUAAGCCUUACGAUCGUCAUAUCUCACCUGCGGAAAAUGCCUUUGUUUCGCUGGUCGCCAUAGGAGAAGGUUUUCACAAUUAUCACCAUACGUUCCCGUGGGACUAUCGUACGUCGGAACUCGGUUGGAAGAUCAACUUAACGUCGAUGUUCAUUGAGGCAAUGGCAUACAUCGGUCAAGCAUACGACUUGAAGACAGUUCCGCCCGCUGUCGUUGAGAAACGCAAGCUUCGCACUGGCGACGGUACUAAGGACUGUUUUGACGAUGCAGCAAAUCGAUCCCGCACUAAGGACUCGGAACCCCAUCGCCAUCAUUACCACCACCAUCAUCAUCACCCCGAGGAAGUCCCGUACGAGGAGAUGUUUGGCCAUCAAAAUUGAGUGAUUGUACAUUCUAGCUGUAUAUUAAUUCAUUCUCAGGUUAGGUAACGGCGGCCCUAUGAGGAACUCAAGGUAGUGCGACGCACCGGGUCCCUUCUGCAUGGGGGAAUACUGUUAACCUCGAGCCGCCGACCUUCAAACUAUUAAUACUACUUUGCCGCAGGAGUAUAGGACGCGCAACGUAGAAGACAAAGAAACGACAACGUAACCCAUCCCAUCCGUUGAGAAGUUGAAGAUGACAACGAUGAGUGAUUAUACGCCUCAUUGAUAGCAACGAGUCACGUGAAAUAUUCAUGUGUCAUCUACCGCUGAGUCUACGUGCCUCAUCUCUAUUUUACUCUUCAAUAGGCCGCACAAGACACACAUACAUGUGUUCAAUAGAUGACUGAAUUGAAAGUUUAGUGAGACUUGCGGAAAUUACUGCUCGCAGAAGGCGUCUAAUAAGAAUAAACGAAAAGGCGUCUAUCAACAAGGACACAGAGAAUAAAUAUCAUCUUGUAUCUUGUUCAUAAUAUAAUUAAGUAAACAAAUAAGAAAAUAGUAAUAAUCAUCGUAAAUCUACAAUAGGAGAUGGCAUAACAUAAUCAAGCAAUCGCCGCCCACGAAAAACCUGGAGAGUCAGAGUGAUAUAAUUUGUGAUGCUAUCUAUCUUGUUGGUUAACAAGUGAUCUUUAUCAAUUUUUCAGUUAUCAUAUUCAAUAAGAGAUUACAUAACGACUGAAUAAUCAGCUUACUGAGUAAUGUAAAAUGACUGAAAAUAAUCGUACAGCACGGGGAACAGAAGCACGGCGAGAUAAUAACAACGACCCAAAGUUAAGAUGUUGACAAAUACGAAGCCAGCUAAGAAAGCACUAAUAAGUGAACCUCCUCGAGCGACGCUCUAAUAGUUCAAGACCCCACAUGCAUGGAUAAGUGCAUAAAAAGGUCGGGCUUCCUAUACUGAAAUCUUUGUUUUUUCAACUGCUUCAUUAGAUUCCAUCGAGUGACUAAUGAAACGCUGCUGCUACUAGUAGUGAAGAGUUGAAUUUAUUAAAUAUUUUACGUUGUUAUUGUACAUAGUAAUAAUAAAGGAAUAAUGUGGCGCGUGCCCUAAAAAGGUGACACUGGAAGGAUAAGAAAAGGCCUAAUAGCAUAUUAUUAUAGAUCUGUUCUUCGCGUAAGGGCUAGCAGAUGUGAAAUAUUGUUGGAACAAGCAAUAGAACGAUGCCGUAUGGGCUCGGGCCUAACAGCUGGACUUCUUUAGAAUGUAUUCAUCGCAAUUUUCGAUUCUGUCCAGACACUCAGCUAUAAAAAAAAAGCCGGUACAAUUAAUUAAACAGACAAGCAAAACGUCUACUGAGUAAUGAAGAAAAAAGCAAUAACAAUUGAGGCACCUAACAGAAAUAUAUCUCCCAUAUUCCAUCGAUAAUACACAAGUUAAUAAACGUUUAAUUUUAGCCU